GCGGCUCCUCCCUGGGAGGCGGCAGUUCACCCCUUCAACCUCGCUUACACUUCUUCAAUACUGCUCGCUAUGCCUCUGGCAUUUGGGGGAGCUCUUCAGUCCCUUAACGGGAGCACGGCGGCUGACGCGCUGAGACCUGAGGAGGCGUGGCUCCGCACCGGGAAAACCUCCGGUUGCCCGGGGAACGCCGCGCACCACGGCGCCUGACCCGUCACUGAUGCUUGGGCUGAGCCAGAGGCUACCCCUUCACCCAACUUGCGGAGGCGGCUUUGCUCAGGCCCAGGAAUCCUUCCUGUGGAGGCCUAGAGAGGAAGGCUGAGGGACGCCCGGACCAUAUUCCCAUUGCAGAGAGGGAUACGAGCGAGUGUGUCCAUUCCUGUUCUUCAGCAGCUCCCGGGCCCGCAGGACUAAUCUCAAAGACCAGGCUAACUUAAAGUAGAUUCUACAGAUGUCUAUCCCUAAGCUGAGAUUUAAAGGAAUGGGUUGAGUGAGAUUUGAAUCUCCAACACAAGGAGAGAAGUCAAUUCAAGCGGCACAAAUGGAGUACCUGAAGUCAAACCCAUCCCUUGGCUGGUUUGUAAAUACUUGACUCACAUUAUGGGAUUGCUAGACAGACUUUCAGGCUUGCUUGGCCUGAGGAAGAAGGAGGUUCAUGUUUUGUGCCUUGGGCUGGAUAAUAGUGGCAAAACAACAAUCAUUAAUAAACUUAAACCUUCAAAUGCUCAAUCUCAAGAUAUAGUUCCAACAAUAGGAUUCAGCAUAGAGAAAUUCAAAUCGUCCAGUUUGUCUUUUACAGUGUUUGAUAUGUCAGGUCAAGGAAGAUACAGAAAUCUCUGGGAACACUAUUAUAAAGAAGGACAAGCCAUUAUUUUUGUCAUUGAUAGUAGUGAUAGAUUAAGAAUGGUUGUGGCCAAAGAAGAACUUGAUACUCUUCUGAAUCAUCCAGAUAUUAAGCACCGCCGAAUACCAAUUUUAUUCUUUGCGAACAAAAUGGAUCUUAGAGAUGCAGUGACAUCUGUAAAAGUGUCUCAAUUGCUGUGUUUAGAGAACAUCAAAGAUAAACCAUGGCAUAUUUGUGCUAGUGAUGCCAUAAAAGGAGAAGGAUUACAAGAAGGUGUAGACUGGCUUCAAGAUCAGAUCCAGGCUGUGAAGACAUGAAAAGAUAGUAUUCGGAAACCUCAACAAUUUUCAAUUCAAGGAAUAUAUAUUAAGGCAAACUGAAUACUUUAAAUUUUUUGAAAGUUUUUACAUCUAAGAAUACUUGAUAAUCUUCUGCUUAUAUUUAUGGACUCUGAAUGAGGUUUUUAAGAACAUAAGACUUCAGGUAUGCUAAUCUGGCCAUUAAUUAUAUAAAAACUAAAUGUUUCCUGAAGGGCUCCCUCCCCAGAAUUAUCAACUUCUUGAAAGGUCUACAUUUGAUUGUAAUUAGAAUGUGUAAAGUCAGAGUUAUCUCAGUAUCUCAUCUUGAUUUAUGAUAUCUUUAAUGCAUUUUAUUUUUUUAAUUGUCUUCUAAAAACUUAGCUUAUGAUAUAACUUUGUAGUAAGAUUAUGCUUGUGAAAAAGAACUUUUAAAUAUUUAUAAGGGACCAUGGGUAAUUAAUAUAUAUUGAAGUUUUGCUAUAUGUCACCAUCAAUAAAACAUAAAAUGUAAUAUACAAACUAGUGUGCUUUAUAUGCUGAAAAGAAUAAUGCUGUGUUAAUAUGGUGUUUGGUAUUUUACUGUCAAACAUUUGUAAAUUACCUGAGUCCAAGUUAAGCUGAAUUUAUUUAUUCAGUGAAUAAAACACUGAAUAAAUAAAUGAAACAUCUCUGUACCUAUACUAGUUUGACAUUGUCCUAGGCAAUGGUGAUACAAGGUAAACAAAACAUAUUCCUUAUCCUCAGAGAACUUAAAAUUUAAUGAGGGAGAAUUUGAGAAUCUUUUCAUACAGAGUAUCUAAUUUUAUUUCAUUGGCUGACUGAAAAUAUUGCAUUUUAAGAUUAAGAGGUAUAAAAAUGAAUUAAUGUGAUUCUUCAUAAUUAUUACAACUGACUUAUUCUUUCUUCCUUUAAAAUGUCUCCAGUUUACUGCAGUACUUUGUUAAAAUAGACUGUGACUCACCAACUGUGUUUUUCCUGGGCAUAAACUGCUACAAAAAUGUUUUUUAGAAUUUUAAACAUAUCUCUGCCAUCUACUGUAUGCAAAUUGUGUUACUUCUCACAACUUAGAGACUGCUUAUAAUUGUAAACUCUAAAUAGAAGCUUUCAUUUUUAAUUAAUCACUGGGAAACAGUGGAUAGAGCAAUGGUGUAAAUCCUGAAAAAUAUUACAUAUAAAGAAAAACUGUAAUAUAUAAUGUGUAACAUCAUAAAUAUCCUUAGGUGUGAAAAUGAUAAAAACAGAAGACCAAAGGUAAGUGAGUAAUAAAGAUGUAUUAUGAUAACUACAGUAGUGGUAUGUUUCACAGAGAUUUGAAUAAAAUAUUUUUAAAACUUCAGUAAAAGUUCUAUAAUUCAGUUUCUCUUAGUCCAGAAAUCCCAGUGCUUUCGAAUUUGGCACACUGAAAGUCAUCCAGAAUAUUCCAGUGAUCCAGCAUUUUAGCUAGCUUGCCAGCCUCUCAUAAAUUGUUUUGAUGAAGAUACAAAGUAAGUCUCAUUAAUCUAGAGGUGCCUCAAAUAUAAAAAAGACAUGAACAUGAAAACACUGUAAUUCAACAAAAAAACCCUAAUAUGCUAUAACUAUUUUAGGAGGAUGGAGAAAGGGGUGUUUUAAGAGAAUUCAAAUCCUCAUCUACCAUAAGGUAACAAUAACAAUGAUAAAAGCUAUCACUAUAUUUUGAGCAAGAUAUUAUUACAUGUAUGGGAUUUUGCAUCAUAUAAUCCUCAUAAUAGCCUUAUGUAGUAGAUUCUAGUAUUUGUUUUAUAGACAAGGAAACUGAGGCCUAAAAAAGGUUGUUUAUGGUCACAGAGCUAGUAAAUGGUGGUACUGGGAUUCAGAACCAAACAGUCUGUUUAAAAUGGAUGAUUCAAGAGCUAAGAGUAUUACUGAUUUUAGAAAUAUAGAGAUAUCUGCCAUAAGAAUAGCUAAAAGGAUGGGAAAAAUCUCUCACUGGGGUGGGAGACCAGGAUUGGGGUGCUGGAGGUCAGGGACAAGGGACUACUGUUUUUUUCUUUUUGCUUGUUUUAAGUCUAUUAACACUUCAAACUUUAAACUCUGGACAAGAAUGACUAUGAUAAAAAUAAUUCUUGAAAUUAUGUUGAUUUGUUGAUUCUAAAUUAGUAUUCCACAAACUACAGUCAUUUACACCUAUGCAAAUAUGUAGAAGAGAGUACUAAAUGCUUCCUUUGUUUUCAUGAUCUCCAGAUCUAGUUUAUAGUCUAUAAACAUCCAUUCGUACUCUACAUUUUCAUGUAAAUAUUAUGUAGAAGCAAGUUGGGCUACAGUGGUCACAGCAUGCCAUGUGUGCAUACACUGAGGUUAUUGCAUUUGUAUUUAACAUAUUAUGCAAUUAAAAUUUAUUGCAUUAAAGCUCAAGCAAGUGUUUUUUUAUGUUUAGACAUCACUGUGUUAACAAAGUUUAGUUCAUUAAGCUCCACAUUUCAAUGUGACACCUCAUAAAAUGUUCAAAAGUUAGCCUAUUGUAUGUUUUGCAUUUAAAUAUUUAUAAUGUGGCCCUAUUCAGCCUGUGCCUUAUAAAUCACAAAAGAGCUGAGUUGUAUAUAUUUUUCAUUUAUAGGUCGUCUGCUAAAAAUUAUGAAUUGCCUUCUGAUUACUUAUUUUUUUCCCACCAUAUUGUGAUUUCCAUAAAUAUAUGUAGUUACUCUAGAGAAAACUUAAGGCAAAUACAUCCUGCAUGUAGC